AUGUUUCUUCUUUUCUCUUUAGAGCAUUCUUUCAAUGUCGUUUUCAAUCUCUCUCUCUCUCUCUCUCUCUCUCUCUCUCUCUCUCUCUCUCUCUCUCACUGUCUCCUGAUAUCCAGCCAUCGAUAUCGUUCUUCCUUCUCCAUUCCUUCGCACCCCUCCCUCCAUAUCUAUCUAUCUAUCUAUCUAUCUAUCUAUCUAUCUAUCUAUCACUAUUUCUUUUCUGCACUCGUAAUAUUUCACCCUGUGUAUAUCUUUUUUCUUUCUUUUCUCUCUCACACCCACUUCUUUAGCUAUAUCUUUUCAUUGCAUAUUUUUAUCUUCUUUUUUAAUGGCCGUUUCUUUCAUACAUAUUUAAUCCUCUCCCUUCUAAUAACUUUCUUCAUCACUUGUAUAGUGACACGCGUUCGCACUGUAUCUACUUUCACUUUCACUUUCACAUCUAUUCUUUUCUAUCAUUCUCCUUUGCGUUUUUCAUUGCCCAUUUCCGUUUUUCUUUAUUUCUUUCUCUUUCUCUGUUAUAAUCAAACAUUUUCUUUCAGUAGAUCUUUCUCUUCUAUUUAUGGAUCAAUACUUGGCGCGAGAUCGCGCCAACACGUGUCAGUUUGUCGGCGCGCGCGCCUGCGUGCACGCUCGUAUGCAUUUUUCCAUUACAGCGACAACAAUUCGACAUUCCUACGCAUUCACGUGUUGCGUGCGCGCGCGUGUCGUCCCAUGCCUCCACCUCACAUCCCCUCUUCUUCUUACCCGACUUAA